AUGCCAAAGGAAAACCAGAGUCACAUCACUGAAUUCCUCCUUCUGGGCCUGACCACUGACCCCAAACAGCAGGUGUGGCUCUUUGCCAGCUUCCUGGCCAUGUACCUGGUCAAUGUGGUUGGCAACUCUGUCAUCAUUGCAGCCAUACGGGGGGAUGCCCACCUCCACACACCCAUGUACUUCUUCCUCUCCAACCUGUCCCUGGUGGACAUCUGCUUUACAAAUGUCAUUGUGCCACGGAUGUUGGCAAACAUGUUGAGCAAGAGCAAGAAGGUCGCCUUUGCCCAGUGCCUCACACAGAUGUAUUUCUUUGUGGCCUGUGCAUGUAUUUCUUUGUGGUUUGGGAUCACUGACAGCUUCCUCCUGGCGGCCAUGGCCAUUGACCGCUACGUGGCCAUCUGUAACCCACUGCGUUACAACACGGCCAUGAGCCCCAGGCGCUGUCUCCUGCUGGUGGUGGCAUCCUGGGCAGUGUCCCACCUCCACUCACUCACCCACACGAUUCUCAUGGCUCGCCUCUCCUUCUGUGGGCCCAACGUCAUCCACCACUUCUUCUGUGACGUCCAGCCACUGCUAACGCUCUCCUGCUCCGACACCUCUGUCAAUGAGCUUUUGGCCUUCACAGAGGGCUCCUUUGUGAUCAUGAGUCCCUUUAUUUUCAUUAUUGUCUCUUACGUCCACAUCACCCGGGCCGUUCUGAGGGUCCCUUCAGGGGGAGGCAGGUACAAGGUCUUCUCCACCUGUGGGUCUCACCUCACGGUUGUGGUGCUAUUCUAUGGGACCAUAAUAUCUGUGUACAUUCGCCCCUCAUCCACCUACUCAGUGACAAAGGACCGUGUGGUCACUGUCAUUUAUACCGUGGUGAUCCCCAUGCUAAACCCUUUCAUCUAUAGCCUUAGGAACAAGGACAUGAAACAGGCCUUGAGAAAGCUGACUGGGAGAACAGAAUAG